AUGAAAGAAAAGAAAAUUCGCAGAAGGAGAGAAAAUCCUUGUUACAAGGCGAGAAAACAGAAGAAUCGUAAAAUAUUUUGUACACUUAGUGGAUUUAACUUGAAUCAAAGUGAUAAAUUAAAAGGAGUAAUUACCUUAAAAUAUUUUUCACCUUUUUUUUGUUAUAAAUUAAAUCCAGAAAUUUUCACGAAAAAUUCACUUGCCAAAAAUGUUUUCUUCUGUUUAAGGAAAAAUGAGAAUCCUCAAAAAUAUUAUUUAGAAACUGAUUAUUUUUUAUCAAUAGAUUUUGCGUCCGUACUCGACGACAGUCCGUUUACAUCUAAUGCAUUGAUGGACGAAGAAACAGAGACCACUAAAAAGUCUUUGAGAAAAUCUCCCCUUACUAAUCUCAUGCAUAGUUGGGUGAUGAUUCAUGGAGAAAAGCGAAGUGAUGAGAUGAGAAAAUCAAUUCUUUUUCAAAGACUGAAACAUUUUUCGUUAUUACCUUUGUUGGAUAAUUCAAAGAAACCAGAAAAUCGCGUUAAAUGUCAUGUGCUUGCUUAA